GCCCGCGAGGCAAGCCUUUUUCGUGCCUGUCGAGCACGCACCAUUCCACGAAAAUGCGGGGGUGUACUGACGAGAGCAUAUAUUCGACGUCGCGACGCCCAAAGGCACAGACGCCACUCCAACUCUGUCUCGUGCACGAUCUUUAAACUCGAACAAAAAGCACAAUGUGCGACGACGAAGUAGCCGCCCUUGUCGUGGACAAUGGAUCUGGUAUGUGUAAGGCCGGAUUCGCCGGAGACGACGCACCUCGCGCCGUCUUCCCAUCCAUCGUCGGCCGACCUCGUCAUCAAGGUGUGAUGGUCGGCAUGGGUCAAAAAGACAGCUACGUGGGCGACGAAGCACAAAGCAAAAGGGGUAUCCUUACUCUAAAGUAUCCUAUAGAGCACGGCAUUAUCACCAAUUGGGACGACAUGGAGAAGAUUUGGCAUCACACCUUCUACAACGAACUCCGCGUGGCCCCGGAGGAACAUCCCGUUCUCCUUACCGAAGCUCCGCUCAACCCUAAAGCUAAUCGCGAAAAGAUGACACAAAUUAUGUUCGAGACCUUCAACAGUCCGGCCAUGUACGUCGCCAUUCAGGCGGUUCUUUCCCUAUACGCCUCCGGUCGUACCACGGGUAUCGUAUUGGAUUCUGGCGAUGGCGUAUCUCACACCGUCCCUAUCUACGAAGGUUAUGCCCUUCCUCACGCCAUCCUACGUUUGGACUUGGCCGGUCGUGACUUGACCGACUAUCUCAUGAAGAUCCUGACCGAAAGAGGAUACUCCUUUACGACCACGGCCGAGCGAGAAAUCGUUCGCGACAUCAAGGAGAAGCUUUGCUACGUGGCAUUGGACUUUGAACAGGAAAUGGCGACCGCAGCAGCCAGCACUUCCCUCGAGAAGAGCUACGAAUUGCCCGACGGACAGGUCAUCACCAUCGGCAACGAGAGGUUCCGUUGCCCAGAAGCACUCUUCCAGCCUUCCUUCUUGGGCAUGGAAUCCUGCGGCAUUCACGAGACCGUCUACAACUCCAUAAUGAAGUGCGACGUCGACAUUCGUAAGGACCUCUACGCCAACAACGUUCUUUCCGGUGGUACCACCAUGUACCCUGGUAUCGCCGAUCGUAUGCAAAAGGAAAUCACUGCCCUCGCACCCUCGACUAUCAAGAUCAAGAUCAUAGCACCUCCCGAGAGAAAAUACUCCGUAUGGAUCGGCGGUUCGAUCCUCGCUUCCCUAUCUACCUUCCAACAGAUGUGGAUCUCGAAGCAGGAGUACGACGAGUCCGGUCCUGGCAUCGUUCACCGCAAGUGCUUCUAAGCAAUUAUAUUCAUAUAAACGAUUGUUAUUGCUAUAUUAUCUUAUCAGAUACACCCAUAAAUUCCGCACUAUUUCAUCUAGUUACAUGUCGAUUAUUUCGAGUUGGUACUUUUUAGCUACGACCACAAGGAAUUCCUUAUUAGUAGUAGCAAUCGGUAUUCUUUUUGGCAAUAAUCGUAUAUAACUAUAAAAAAAUAAUCAUAUUGUGUGUGACGCGCGCGCGCGCGUAUGUGUGUGCGCGUGUGUGUGUGUACACAUGCAUACAGAUACACAUAUGCACACGUAUAUGUAUAUAUACACACAAUUUCUACAUCUCUAUCUCUAUGGAAUAAAUCAGACUUAUAUUUUCA